GUGAGAUCGUGAAUUAUGCGUGAACUUGUUGACUUGAGCUUGACGACCACUCCCUCGAAGCUUUUGGGGAAGCGAGACAGAGAGAAAAAUAAGUUUUUAGAAAAUAACAAAAACAAAAAAGCGAAAAAGCAGCGUGGAAAUUGUAAUUUCUUCGCUGAGGAGGCAAAGCCAAAACAGCAAAUACACCCAAUUCCUCCUCUCACCACCACUACUCCUCCUGCUGCUGUCACUCUUCAUCCUUCUUCUUUGACCAUGCCGUACGGUGAAAUCGGCGACGAUUUCACCUCACAGUCACUCGACUGUGACGCCGAUGCUUCUUCCGACAUUCACCUCUCUUCUUCUUCUUCUUCCUCUUUCUCUUCGUUUUCUUCUUCUUCUUCUUCUUCUUUGUUCUUGGCGUCUGGUGCUUGUACGGAUGACCUCUCGGCGAAGAUGGAGAAAGAUCCUAGGAAAAUCGCCAGGAGGUAUCAGGUGGAGCUGUGUAAGAAAGCAAUGGAUGAGAACAUUAUUGUUUACUUGGGAACAGGUUGUGGGAAGACUCACAUUGCGGUGAUGCUUAUAUAUGAGCUCGGUCACUUGGUUCUUCGUCCUAACAAAAGUGUUUGUAUUUUUCUUGCUCCCACCGUGGCUUUGGUCGAACAGCAAGCCAAGGUCGUAUCAGACUCUAUCAACUUCAAAGUUGCAGUACAUUGUGGAGGCAAGAGGUCUGUGAAGAGCCACUCUGAAUGGGAGAAAGAGAUUUCAGAGAAUGAGGUUCUUGUUAUGACUCCACAAAUACUUCUGCAUAACUUACAACACUGUUUCAUCAGGAUGGAGUCUAUCUCCCUUCUAAUAUUUGAUGAGUGUCACCAUGCUCAACAACUAAGCAACCAUCCUUAUGCGGAAAUCAUGAAGGUUUUCUAUAAAUCAGAAAGUUUACAACAGCCUCGAAUAUUUGGAAUGACUGCAUCUCCAGUUGUUGGCAAAGGGUCUUUUCAAUCUGAGAAUUUAUCGAAAAGCAUAAAUAGCCUUGAAAAUUUACUCAAUGCCAAGGUUUAUUCAGUAGAAAGCAAUGCCCAGCUGGAUGGUUUUGUUUCAUCUCCGUUAGUCAAAGUAUAUUAUUAUCGGUCAGCUAUGACUGAUGUAUCUCAAUCGACCAUCAGAUAUGAAACCAUGCUGGAGGACAUCAAACAGCGGUGCUUGGCAUCACUUAAGCUGCAGAUUGAUACCCAUCAAACACAAAGCCUCCUAAAUAUGAAAAGGCUUCUCAAAAGAACUCAUGAUAAUCUCAUAUAUACUCUGGUGAAUCUUGGCAUCUGGGGAGCAAUACAGGCUGCUAAAAUACAAUUGAAUAGUGACCAUGAUGUACAAGAAGAGCCUGUGGGAGAGAAUCAUAAGUUAAAGAUAUGUGAUACAUAUCUUUCUCUGGCUGCUGAGGUCCUCUCCUCUGGUGUUGCUAAAGAUGAGAAUGCAUCUGAACUCCUCAGCUUAGCGGCGUUGAAGGAACCAUUAUUCUCUAGAAAGCUAGUUCAAUUGAUUGAAAUCCUUUCGGUAUUCAGGCUAGAGCCACACAUGAAAUGUAUAAUAUUUGUCAAUCGGAUUGUAACUGCAAGAACGUUGUCAUGCAUACUAAAUAACUUGGAACUGCUACGGUCUUGGAAGUCUGAUUUCCUUGUUGGACUUAGUUCUGGACUAAAGAGCAUGUCAAGGAGGAGUAUGGAAACAAUACUUCAACGAUUCCAAUCUAAAGAGCUCAAUUUACUGGUUGCCACUAAAGUUGGUGAAGAAGGCCUGGAUAUUCAGACAUGUUGUCUUGUGAUCCGUUUCGAUUUACCAGAGACUGUUACCAGCUUCAUACAGUCCAGGGGCCGUGCUCGAAUGCCUCAGUCCGAAUAUGCCUUUUUAGUGGACAGCUGUCGCAUAAUUUUACCUGCUAAUGCUCCUAUAAGUGAAGUUGUCAGUUCGGUACAACCUUCAACUGAAGCUGCCAAAAAGGAUGCUUGUCUAAAGGCUGUGUACGAGUUACACAACUUGGGUGUACUUAACGAUUUUUUGUUGCCAGAUUCAAAGGAUGAAAUUGAGGAUGAAUUGUCAGAUGAUGAAUUUGAUUUUGAUAACGUCGAAGGUGAAGGCUGUUCACGAGGUGAACUGUAUGAGAUGUUUGUUCCUGACUUGUUUAAACAAAAGUGGGAUCCUACAACAAGUUGUGUCAAUCUACAUUCUUACUACAUAAGGUUUGUGCCUCAUCCCGCGGAUAGGCUCUACAGAAAGUUUGGUUUUUUCAUGAAGUCACCUCUUCCCGUUGAGGCUGAGACUAUGGAUUUCAAUCUUCACCUUGCUCAUCAAAGAUCUGUAAGUGUGAAGAUUGUUCCAUCAGGAGUCACCACAUUCGACAACAAUGAGAUAAGGCUAGCAGAGCUUUUUCAGGAGGUUGCCCUGAAGGUUCUUUUUGAGCGGCAGGAGCUCAUUCCGGAAUUUGUUCCCUUAGAACUGCAAUACUCUCCUAGAACAAGCAAAUCUACCUUCUACCUUCUUCUUCCAAUCAGUCUACAUGAUGCAGAAAGUGUUAUAUCUGUAGAUUGGGUGACUAUCAGAAGCUGCUUGGCAUCACCAAUCUUUAAGACUCCGUCUGUUUUAGUGGAAGAUAUAGUUCCUCCUACAGGGUCCCAUCUAAAGCUCGCAAAUGGCUGCUGGAAUAUUGAUGAUGUGAAGAACAGCUUGGUUUUUACUACCCACAAUAAACAAUUUUACUUUGUUGCUGAUAUCUGCCAUGGAAGAAAUGGUUUCAGUCCUAUUAAGAAAUCAAGCACCAAAAGCCAUAUGGAGAGCACAUAUGAUUUGUAUGGCGUGAAACUCAAGCAUCCUGGACAGCCACUCUUGCAGGUGAAACCACUCUUUCAUGUUCGGAACUUGCUUCACAACCGAAUGCAGAAGAACUUGGAACCACAAGAACUUGCGGAAUACUUCAUAGAGAUUCCUCCCGAGCUUUCUCAGUUAAAGAUAAAAGGAUUUUCUAAAGACAUCGGAAGCUCGUUAUCCUUGCUACCGUCAAUCAUGCAUCGUAUGGAGAAUUUACUUGUGGCUAUUGAACUGAAACAUGUGCUGUCUGCUUCGAUCCCUGAGAUAGCUGAAGUUUCUGGUCACAGAGUACUCGAAGCUCUCACAACAGAGAAAUGUCAUGAGCACUUUUCUCUUGAAAGGCUUGAGGUGCUUGGUGAUGCAUUCCUCAAGUUUGCGGUUAGCCGACACCUUUUUCUACUCCAUGAUUGGCUUGAUGAAGGAGAGUUGACUCGAAGACGCUCUAACGUUGUUAACAAUUCCAAUUUGUGUAGGCUUGCAAUCAAGAGAAAUUUGCAGGUCUACAUCCGGGAUCAAGCAUUCGAUCCUAAUCAGUUCUUUGCAUUUGGCCAUCCAUGCAGAGUAACCUGUGACGAAGGAAUGAUAAAAGAGGUUCAUUCCUUGAAUAGGGGUCCUGGGCUUUCGGAUUCAGAUACUGGUGAAAUCAGAUGUAGCAAAGGCCAUCAUUGGUUGUACAAGAAAACAAUUGCUGAUGUGGUUGAGGCUCUUGUGGGAGCUUUCUUAGUUGACAGUGGCUUCAAAGGUGCCGUGAAAUUUCUUAGGUGGAUUGGUGUAAAUGUUGAUUUUGAAUCCGUGCAAGUACGAGAUGCUUGUAUUGCAAGCAGGCGCUACAUGCCACUCACUACUCGCAAUAAUUUGGAGGCCCUUGAAAACCAGCUUGAAUAUACGUUCCUCCACAAAGGUCUACUUGUACAAGCCUUUAUUCAUCCAUCUUACAACAGGCAUGGAGGAGGCUGCUACCAGAGAUUGGAGUUUCUUGGGGAUGCUGUUCUGGACUACUUGAUGACAUCCUAUUUUUUCACAGUCUUCCCGACACUGAAACCUGGUCAACUGACAGAUCUAAGAUCGCUCUCAGUAAAUAAUAAGGCGCUGGCAAAUGUUGCUGUCAAUUUUUCGCUAAAGAGAUUUCUAUUUUGCGAGUCCAUUUAUCUCCAUGAAGCAAUAGAUGAUUACACCAAUUUCCUGGCAGCAUCACCAUUGGCAAGUGGACAAUCUGAAGGUCCAAGAUGCCCAAAGGUUCUUGGUGAUUUGGUAGAAUCCUGUUUGGGGGCUCUCUUCAUUGAUUGUGGGUUCAACUUGAAUCAUGUCUGGACUAUGAUGCUAUCAUGUCUAGAUCCAGUCAAAAACUUGUCUAACCUGCAGAUUAGUCCUGUAAAGGAACUGAUUGAAAUUUGCCAGUCUUACAAGUGGGAUCGGGAAAUAUCAGCGACGAAGAAGGAUGGUGCUUUUUCUGUUGAAUUAAAAGUGACCAAGAAAGGUAGUUGCCUUACAGCUUCUGCAACUGGUCGGAACAAAAGAGAGAGCACAAAAAAGGCUGCACAGCUGAUGAUUACAUAUCUGAAGGCACGUGAGCACAUAACAGCAGCCAAUCCAUUGGAAGAUGUUGUGAAGAAUAGCAUCAGAAAUGAAGCUAAAUUAAUUGGCUACAAUGAAGAGCCUAUAGAUGUUGUGGAUCUUGAUGGGCUGGACGUUGAAAACCUUAAUCUCCAAGAAAAUUUUGGCGAGAACAGUAAAAUAAGCAGCUCAUACCUCAUCAGGCGAGGUCUCCCCCAGGCACCAUCUAAAACAGAAGACAGGCUUCCUCAAAAGACCAUCAAGGAAGCAGGUGGAUCAAGCAGCAGAACCGCAAAAUCCCUCUUGCAUGAAACAUGUGUUGCUAACUGUUGGAGGCCACCAAACUUUGAAUGUUGUGAGCAGGAAGGACCAGGCCACCUGAAAUCAUUCACAUAUAAGGUAAUCGUGGAAGUUGAAGAUGCCCCAAAUAUGACAUUGGAGUGUUAUGGUGAUGCUAGACCAACAAAGAAAGGUGCUGCAGAGCACGCUGCCCAAGCUGCUAUGUGGUGCCUCAAGCAUUCUGGAUUCCUUAGCUGAUGAUCUCGAGUGGCUAUACUUUGAUUAGAAAAAGAGGUUAUUGUCGGCAUAUCAUCAUAGAAUUGUCUUAGAACUAAUUAUUAGCAUAUAUGAUAGACACAUACAAUUUUCUCGAAAGAGAGAAAAGAUGUCUGAAAGAGGUCACAGGUUCUUAACCAAGACUAACCUAAAGUAUAUGUUUCUAUGAUGCUUGACCCCAUAAUAUGAUAGGUGCCAAAAAAAUUGUUUACUCUUA